AUGCACGAGACGGGGCACCUCGUUGCUGUCGACGGCGAUACUACCCAGGCGAUUCGCCACGGCAGGCCGAUCUACGUUGCGGCGGUGGUUCCACACGGGCGCUCGCGCUCCGCGGCGGCGGGAAGCUUCCAACAAAAGAGAGGCAAAGGGCCGCGAGGAACGGGCAGGAUCAUCCCUGUGGGAGUGGUCUCAAUGCCCGUGACCUUCGCCGCGCCUCGUGCGGCGCCCGCAGUCCACGCUGCCCUGCUCGGCGCCCGUCCGAGGCCGGUGCGCGACGUCUCGCGACUUCGGCGUGACCGCCUUGCGGCAUCCUCACGUGACGACGUGGGCGACAUCGAAAGUCUCAUUGAUAGCCUCGUCACGAAGCAGCAGCGACCGGCCAGUCCCUCAACCGAGGGCGGCGACAACGCGCCCCCAGGCGGCAAUGCGGCGGUCCCGUCGUCACCAGACAGUCGCGAGCAGGCAGGGCGAGCGGGGGCCGAUGAGAGCGGCGGCGCGUCGCUCUCCGGGACAGGAGCGGGCCGUCGGCCUGGAGCGCGGCGCUCCCUGCGCUCGCGGUCGCGGCAGGGGGCGGUCGGCGUGAAGACGGGCAUGUCGCGCGCAGACAGGCAGAGGUUCAUCGACGAGCAGGCCCAGGCCGAGCUCUCAAGACCUGAGGUGGCACAGACGCUCCAAGAGCUGGAGCGGGCCAGGGCUGCCCGGGAACAGGCCGAAAUCGACGCAGCGCGCAGAGAGAAGCAGCGACGGGAAGCUGAGGCGAAGGGCGCGAACAAGGCGCCGAUGGGUCCCCCGCCGCCCCCGGGCUUCUCCGCGGCCGCACCGCCCGCCGCCGCACCCCCCGAGGUCGCGGACUCCCCCCGGCAGGACACCGGGGCGCCCGCGCACGAGGUCGAGGUGCUCCACGGCGGCGCUGCGGCGCGCCCGCGGCCGUCGCAGGAGAGCCCGGAGGCCCGGGAGCUGCGCCGGCGCGCGGUGGCCGUUCUCGAGAUGCUGCAGGCGGGCGCCGAGGUCGAGGGCUGCAUCGCGAAGCACCGCGAGAUCAUCGACGAGCGGAUGAUGGCGGUCGUGGAGAAGCGCCUCGAGACGGCGGAGAAGCUCGCGGCGGAGGGCAAGGCCGGCGAGGGCGACACCGGCGCCAACGCGCUGCGGCUGCUCAAGCGUCGGUUGCAGCGCGAGCUGGACCGCAAGGAGAGCACGCCCGCGAUGCGCCUGCUCGACGACUGUCUGGCUACGCUGGCUGCGGAGGGCGACGCGGACGGAGGCGAGCUGGACCCUGCGGCGCGCAGCACGCGGCGCGCGGCGUGCCAGGAGCGGCUGCGCGCGGCGUUCAACGCGGGGGUCCCGAGCGAGCCCAUCGACAUCUUCAACGCGGCAUCGGUGUUCGCGGAGGGCGUCGACCUCACGGGCGCGGCCGCGCCGCUGCCGGACGUCUACGAGGCCGAGUUCGUCGACCCGCGGGACUUCCUGCGGGAGUCCAAGGCGCUGCUGGACCAAGUCGAGAAGAUGUAUGAGGCGGAGCGAGAGGCGGUGCGGAGGUUCAAGGAGGAGGCCGAGAAAGAGGGGCGGCUGCGGGACACGUACGCGGUCGAGGCGAUGGACACCGCGCUCGAGGAGCGCUCGGCGGUGAUCGCGCAGCUCGUAGAUGUGCGCAGCUUGGCGGCGGAGCUGGCGGACGAGUAG